AUGGCAGAUUACAUAGCAACUAGUGCACUUGGUCUCCUCUCAAAUCGAUUCGCUUAUCAUUCUGGACCUUUGGAUGCAAAACUGGAGCUCACAGCAUUUUGGGCACCAUUUCUCCUACUGCACUUGGGUGGGCCUGACACAAUCACGGCCUAUUCUUUGGAGGACAACCAAUUAUGGUCGAGGCACUUGCUUCAAUUGGUUGGCCAGACAGGACUUGCAUUUUACAUCCUUUUUGCAGGGUGGACAGGGUCCCGUCUUUCAUUUCUAACAAUUUCAAUAAUGUUGGCAGGGCUUAUCAAGUAUGGAGAAAGAACAUGGGUUAUGUGGUCUGCAAACCGUGAGCAACAUAGCGUAUCAACGUCUAGUUAUCAUAAUAUGAUGCAAGCUCUGUCUAAUGUUCAAGAUUAUUCUAAUCUUUCAGAUGAUAAAUUACUUCAACUCGCCAAUGGGAUGUUCGACAUGGCUAAGAUUCUCUUUGCAGGUCUUCCAAUAUCUGCAACAGAACAGUCUGCUUUGGCCAACCACAAAGAAGUUAUCACAACCCUUCUGGAGAAAGCGUCUCCUAAAGAUGCUUUUAAGGUAAUUGAAAUGCAGCUUGGAUUUAUGUAUGACAUGCUCUAUACAAAGGCACUAGUGACCUACACCCCCUGUGGCAUUGGCUUGCGAUUCAUCAGUUUUCUUCUCACCAGCAUUGUGCUUGUGUUAUUUUCUUUGGAACCUAACAACAAACAAACGUACUCAAAGGUGGAUCUUCACAUAACUUUCUUACUGCUUGCUGUGGCCAUUCUUUUAGAGCUUUAUGCGACCCUUGUAUUGCUAUUGUCUGAUCAUACUGUUGUCUGGUUAAGAAAACAUAACUGUAGCAACAUCUCACUCUGCAUUACUUGUCUCCCACUUCUUAGAAACCCUAGAUGGUCGAAUUCCAUGGGUCAAUUCAGUUUGCUUAGCUACACCAUCAAUGAAAAACCCAUGGAUUUCCAUGGAAUACAGAAGUUCUUAAAAGUCAAUGAAAAGCUAGAAAGACAACGGUAUGCAGCUUAUCGCCAAGUCUCGGAGGAUUUGAAAGAACAGUUAGUCAUCCAAGCCAAGAUUUUUUGGGAUCGUGUGAAAAAAAGACAGAUAAAGCUGGAGGCAGCCACCAUUGCAUCCAUGAGUAUCAGAGGAGCUACGACGUUGCAAGUUCUGGGUCUGAGUUCAGAUGAGGACAUUAUAAUUGGUACGCUAACUUAUACAAUAGAGUUUCAGCAAACCAUCCUUGUUUGGCACAUUGCUACAGAACUCUGCUAUCACCGAGAUCACGACGAAAUCAAACCCGGCUUUGCAGAAUAUGAUGUUGUUAUAUCAAAUCGUAAAAUGAGCAAGCUCAUCUCAAGAUACAUGAUGUAUCUCCUGGCCGUUUUUCCUGACAAGUUACCAGAAAGCGGGGCCGCUGGUCAGAAAAACUUUCAACUCACUUGUGAUGAGGCCAGGAAAGCAUUAGAAUCUUUCAAGCCAGAAUUAGAUCAAGUCGGUACCACAAAAGAAAGAAAAAGGAAGAUUAUAAUUCAGGCCUCCAAAGGGGUGUUUGAGCAGCAAGGAAAUCUAAUUACCGAUGAAUCUCAAAUUGGAUCAGAACAAUUGGCUGGAUCUCUUUUAUCCUUGGGUUGUAAAGUUGCUAACAUUCUCAGCAAGCACAAACCGGAUGACUCUGUAGAACAGCAUAUGAAGACAAAAUGGGAUAUAAUUGCUGGAGUAUGGAUGGAAUUUCUAGUCUAUGCUGGAAGGCAAUGCACAGGAAGUCAGCAUGCACAACAGCUCAGACAGGGGGAGAGUUUCUCACUCACUUCUGGCUUCUCUUUUCUGAGCUGA